CGGGAGAAAGAGAACUAUGAUAAGUGUGUGAGCCUAGAUGUAUGUCACAUAGUAGGCCUAAUGGACUUAUUUGUAUAAAACACGAAUUUUAACCCCAAAUAUAAUAACGUUAGGAGCAAUCACUGAACACUUCAACGGAAUUAAACUCUGGGAGAACAUGGAGAAGAAACGGUGGGAUUGCUCGGCUCUCCCCAAGGGCUGGCAAAUUGAAGAAGUGACCAGAAAGUCGGGUUUGUCUGCGGGGAAAAGCGAUGUCUAUUAUUAUAGUCCAACCGGGAAGAAGUUUCGGAGCAAGCCUCAGCUGGCUCGUUACCUUGGCAACCAGAUGGACCUCAGUUCCUUCGACUUCCGCACGGGGAAGAUGCUCAUGAGUAAACUGAACAAGAACAGACAGAGACUGCGCUAUGACAACAACAAUCAGACCAAGGGCAAGCCAGACCUGAACACAUCACUUCCCGUCAGACAGACUGCUUCCAUCUUUAAGCAGCCUGUCACCAAGGUUACCAACCACCCCAGCAACAAAGUCAAGACUGAUCCACAGAAAGCUGUGGACCAGCCAAAACAGCUUUUCUGGGAGAAGAAGCUUGGUGGUCUCAAUGCGUUUGACAUCGCAGAGGAGCUAGUGAAGACAAUGGAUCUGCCUAAAGGUCUGCAAGGAGUUGGACCUGGAUGUACAGACAAGACUCUACUGUCAGCGAUAGCCAGCGCCCUGCACACUAGUGCAGCCCCCAUCACCGGUCAGCUGUCUGCAGCCGUGGAGAAGAACCCAGGGGUGUGGCUCAACACGACCCAGCCCCUCUGCAAGGCUUUCAUAGUCACUGACGAGGACAUCAGGAAGCAGGAAGAGCUGGUGUACAGUGUGAGGAAGAAGCUGGAGGAGGCUCUAAUGGCGGACAUGUUGGCUCAUGUGCAGGAAGCAGCCAGUGAGGGCGACUCACUCAAUGAAGGCAAUGAUGACAUGGAGACUGUAUAGCAGAGGGAGUCAAUGCUGAGACCAAGGUCUCUUUCCAGAUGAUCUAUGUUUAGCACAACAAUACACAUGAAAAUACAAUCAAAAUCCUAUUUUUCGAGAGUGUCGGGGUCUCCAUCUCUUCCAGUAUUUUGAGAACGGACACUAUUUGGUUUAAAAGGACCUUUAAAGUGCGUAGACGGACAGCCUCCUGUUGUUGAAAGUACAUAUGCUACUGCUGCUACUGUUUAUUAUCUAUGCUGUUGCCUAGUCACUUUACCUAUACCUAUAUGUACAUAUCUACUGCCAUUACCUCGUACCCCUGCACAUGGACUCGGUACUGGAACCCCGUGUAUAUUGCCAAGUUACCGUAACUCAUUGUUUAUUUAUUCCUCAUGUUUUUAUUUUUCAACUUUUUAUCUCUGCAUUGUUGGGAAGUAAACAUUUCGCUGUAGGUCUACACCUGUACACAAUUGUAUUUUAUCUGUAAAAUGAGAGGGUUUUUCAGGCUUCCACAGCAUUUAUGGGCUCCCCCCAGUUUUUCAACAGAUGUCAGUAUUUUAAAUUCAGAGCUGCAAAUCAUUCCACCCAAGGGAUAUGAUAUGACACAUUUAUAAUUUGAUUUAUUAUCUGUAUUAUUAUAAGCUAUUUCAACAAACGUCUGUCUUCAUCCUCUCUUCCAGGGAGAUGGGGUGUUAUAGAGUAGUCUGGAUGGGUUUUUCAACUCCUUGUCAAGUGACAAUGAAACCAGGAACCCUGUACCAAUCCAACCAAAAGAACUGCCCACUUUCUGCCCAUCCCCUUCCACGUGCUACCCCUCUGAAGCUCUGCCUACCUACUGUUCACCUCGCCCACUGUUUAGCCUCUUCUGGCACCAGCCCCAUGAAAGUACUUGGACUCAGGAAUUCUGAAUCAAAUUGAUUAUUAGCUAAAUUAGCUUUCUUUUGAAAAAGAUAGCAUGAAAUAAAAUGUUGGCAGGGCAGAGUGAAAGAGAUCGGUUUCGUACAGUAUGAUGAAUUGGGUGUUCAAUCAUGUAGUCUUUUUGUUUUGUAAGACAUUUUAUGGUUUUACUGAAUGUGAGUUAUAUAUUGUGACGAUCAUGUCGUUGUCAACCCACCCCAAAACAUGUUUUAAAUUCAUUGGGAUAUUUUGAAUGAGAAGUGAAUUCUGUUUUUUCCAUGGGUUUUUCUUUCUGGGUGUCUAAUGCACUCCAUGGGGAUAGAUGGACCAUAUUUUAAAGGUACUUUGGCUUAUUUUAUAGGGCUAUGUGAGAGGCUUUGGUGAGAGGGAACAAGAUACUUGCCUAAAUGAUGAUAAUGUGGCAGGUAGCCUAGGGGUUAAGGGCGUUGGGCCAGUAACCGAAAGGUCACUGAUUCAAAUCCCUGAGCUGAUGAAAAAUCUUCCCAUGUGUCCUUGAGCAAGGCACUUAACCCUAGUUGCUCUGGAUAAGAGUGUCUGCUAAAUGACUAACAUGUAAAUUAUGCACUCUAAAUUCUAACGCUUGUGUUAGUCACAGGAGAGAGUAUUAGUGAAAAAUCAUUGGAUCAUGUUCUCAAGAAAAUAUCCUUAUUGUUGUAAUGUAGUCCAUAUAAACCCCCUUACCCAGUACUUAUGAGUCAGGCCAUACUGUACUUAGUUAUAAUGGGUACAGUACCUAUGAGUCAGGCCAUACUGUACUGAGUUAUAAUGGGUACAACAGUUAUGAGUCAGGCCAUACUGUACUUAGUUAUAAUGGGUACAGUACCUAUGAGUCAGGCCAUACUGUACUGAGUUAUAAUGGGUACAACAGUUAUGAGUCAGGCCAUACUGUACUUAGUUAUAAUGGGUACAGUACUUAUGAGUCAGGCCAUACUGAACUGAGUUGUAAUGGGUACAGUACUUAUGAGUCAAGCCAUACUGUACUGAGUUAUAAUGGGUACAGUACUUAUGAGUCAGGCCAUACUGUACUGAGUUAUAAUGGGUACAACAGUUAUGAGUCAGGCCAUACUGUACUUAGUUAUAAUGGGUACAGUACUUAUGAGUCAGGCCAUACUGUACUGAGUUAUAAUGGGUACAGUACUUAUGAGUCAGGCCAUACUGUACUGAGUUAUAAUGGGUACAGUACUUAUGAGUCAGGCCAUACUGUACUGAGUUAUAAUGGGUACAGUACUUAUGAGUCAGGCCAUACUGUACUGAGUUGUAAUGGGUACAACAGUUAUGAGUCAGGCCAUACUGUUCUGAGUUAUAAUGGGUACAGUACUUAUGAGUCCGGCCAUACUGUACUGAGUUAUAAUGGGUACAACAGUUAUGAGUCAGGCCAUACUAAUCUGAGUUAUAAUGGGUACAGUACUUAUGAGUCAGGCCAUACUGUACUGAGUUGUAAUGGGUACAACAGUUAUGUAGAAGUCACACUGACCCUCUGCUACAUGUUGUAGAUUGUAUUACUUUUAACACUCCCUGUGUAGGUGCUCACUGAAGUUGUUGGUUUAAUGUUGGUGUUUCUAGCCAAGGCACAUUUUUCCCAUGGCCAUGACUUCAGUCAACAUAUUUUUGAAAUGUUUCCAAUAAUGUGUCAAUGCCACCACAACACAUGCUGCCUCUCUGUUAUCUUGUUCACUGGGUGCCAGACAGUAAGCUAAGAUUUUUUUGGUUUGAAUAAAGGUGAAGAUUCUCAGUGUUGAGAAAAUGAAAUGAGCUUUGAACAUUUACCUACAUUUCUCAAAGUUUGAUGUAUGUAUGAAAUGUCAAGCUCAAUGCGAUCCCUAUCCCACAUCAGCAGGCUGACUGCUGAACUGAAUUGGAUUGUGUUACUGAAUAAAAUGUAUCUGUAUUUCAACAGUA